AUGAAAUUAAUAGCAAUAUUACCUUCAAAUUCAUAUGAAAUUUUCAAGGAAUUAAAGUUUUUUAAAUUGCUUGAUAUAUUAAAACAAAUAAAUCAAAAUGAUAAUUUACAAAUUGGUCCUUCAAAAUUUAUAUCAAAUAAUGAAACUAAAUCAACUUCUAAUAAUGAAAUUCAAUCAAUAUUUGAUAAUGAAGAUAAUUUAUUAUUUGAUAAUGAAAAUAAUUUAUCAUCAGAUAAUGAAUUUAAUUCAUUUAAUAAUGAUGAAUUUUUUUUUUCUCAUGAUUAA